CCUUGCGCCUGUCCAUCCAUUCUUCAUUGCACGGAGUAACAGCCACGCAGACCUGAAAAAAAGUGAAAAGCACUCGGAGGGGAGGAAAAAAAGGGUGGAGGGAGGAAAAACGCCCUGGAGCCCGAGAGAGAGAAAGUCGAUACAUAAAUAUUAGAGAGAGGAAGAAUCUGUUACAGAUAGAAAACUGAGUUUGGGAAGAAGUACUUUUAUUGACAGGGACGGAGAAGACAACACUACCAAGGAUGCUCAAGCUGGUGUGAAAGUUUUGGCAGCACAGACUGCGCAGAUAUCAAGGAAACCAAAGUUGAAGACUAAGAGCCCUUGGCCCUCGCUUGAGCAAACCACAGUAACCUAAGCAGACACUCAUCACACCAGGGCGUAAAACAAGAAAAAAAAGAUUAUCAAAGAUGGCUGAGGAGGAGGAUACCAGGGAAGUGCUCUUUUCAGAAUGGAUGGGUGCAGACAAAACAGGACUAACCAUUGAGCAGAAAGGUGGAGGAGAGAUCUUUGUCAAAGAGGUGAAGACAGAGUCCCCUGCUGCACGUACAGGCCGAGUGCACGAAGGUGAUCAGAUUGUUGGUGCCACCAUCUAUUUUGACAACAUGAGCUCAGAAGAAACAUCAGAGCUACUGAAGACCUUAAACAAACACAAGGUUGGACUGAAACUACAGAACAAGGACAAGUCACCUUGCCGCUCACCCAUGGGCACUCUGUCUUUCGAGAAUAGGAGUCGAUUUGGAGGAUCCAGUCCAGACAUUAUCCUAAGUGGAGAUGAUGAAGACUACAAGAGAAUAUACACAAAGAAAAUCAAACCACGUCUGAAGUCGGAAGACCUGGCAGAAGGGGUGGAUGUGCGAACAGAGCGUCACAGCAGCACAAGCAGCGAUGGGAGCACAAUUACAACCAUCACUCGUCGAAUUACUACCUACACUGUAGAUAUGCCAGGGGGCAUGAGCGAGCAGCUUGAACUUUCAAGCCCAGAGUUCAAGGGGCUACGAAAAUCGGUGGACAGUCCCACUCAGAUAAAAGGAUCCUCAUCUUUAAGCCCCUCAGGUAAAGGGAGUGCAGAGGAGGGGGUUUUCGAGCAAGGCAACGUCUCUUUUACUGGGCCACACAUUGGUGGCUCCUCAGAAACACACUGGAGCACUGGCGGGGUGAAGACCACAACAGUAACAAGGGUGGUAGAGGGGGAUGGUGCAGGGCUCCAAUUUAAGGGACCCAGCUUUGGAAUGUCAGGGGGUAAAGGUCAGACAGGCUUUGGCCUUUCAAAAGGGUAUCAGCAGGUAGAUGAAAGCAUUCAGGUUUCAGGUGUGUCAAACGUGAAGGUUAAAGAAAGUGUGAGCAUGGGCAGCAAGCAUGACACUGUAGGAGGUGUUGAUAUGCCUUCAGGCAGUUGGAAGUCAGGAUCAGUCAGCAUUUCACUGCCAGGAAAAACUCAAAACCUAGACCUGCAUGGCCCUAGUGUCAGUAGUAGAGUAUCAGAAACCAAUAUUGGAGACCAGCAUUUCAAGUCAGGAGGUGUCAGUAUUCCUGGUGGCAAAGUAGGUGGAGUUUCCACUUCUGGCCUACCAGUAAUUGACACAGAAUUGAAUGGAGGUAAAAUGUCACAAGAAAUACAAUUGCCUACUGUAGAUAUGAAUAUCUCAGGAAUCUCCUCAAUGGGCAAACCUAAGGGGGGUGAUUCAUUUAAAAUGUCCAUCAAAGAACAUUCAAACAAGGGCUCAGCACCUGAGAGUGAAAAUGGAGUCACAAGUGGAAUCAAAAAGACAACCUUUGGAUUGAACAUCGGAGGUGCAGAAAGUGGCAUGGAUGUCAAACUACCACAAUUGAAAGGGACUGUAGAAGUUCCAGCUUUUGAAAUGAAAAGUGACAUAAAAUCACCCAAGAUUGACAUUAAAGGGCCAAAAGUUGAAAAUGCCGAAUAUAGUGAUAUUAGCAUGUCCAAUAUAGCAAUUAAGACGUCUCCUUUCGGAAUUAAAGGACCCAAACUUGAAGAGACUAGUGUUGAACUCCCUAAAGCUAAUAUUAAUGUGAAUGCCCCUACAAUGGGUUUUGAAUGUCAAGAUGUCAAUAUCAAAGGACCCCAAGGUGAAUUUAAGAUGCCAAAGAUGAAAGUGCCUUCUUUUGGAAUUAAAGGACCAAAAGUGGAGGGUCCUGAUGUUAAUAUUGACCUUGCUACAGCUGAUGUUAAUGCUCCCAAAGUUGAUAUCAAAGGCCCUGGAGUUGACAUUGAAGGACAUGACACUAAAAUCAAAGAACCAAAAUUCAAGUUACCCUCCAUGUCGGGACCAAAGAUCACAAAGCCAGAUGUUGAUAUCAAUCUCAAAGACCCCAAAAUGAAGGGCGACGUGGAGCUCAAGGCACCUAAAGUCGAUAUUAAAGGGCCAAAUGUUGAUCUACAAGAUCGUGAUGAAAAACUUAAGGGAGCGGAUUUCAAGACACCAACCAUUUCUGGACCUAAGAUCUCUUUGCCAAAUGUGGAUAUCAAUGUCAAAGGACCAAAGGUAAAGGGAGAGGUGGAUAUGUCAGCGUCAAAGAUAGGAGACAUAAGAGAACAAAAAGGAGACAUUGAAGGGCCAAAUGAAAAUAUUGAGAGUCCUGAUUAUGGCUUUAAAAUACCUAAGAUCAAAAUUCCUUCGUUUGGAAUUAGAGGAAACAAAGUGGAGAGUCCUGGUGACUUGCCUAAAACAGAAAUUGGUAGCAAUUCCCCCAGCCUUGAACUGGACAAUGAUAGUUACACGGGAAAAAUCAAAGGCCCAAAAUUCAAUGUGCCAUCUGGGCCAAUGAUCUCAAGUCCAGCUGUGGAUAUCAAUCUGAAAGGUUCAAAAAUAAAGGGAGAUGCAGGUGUGGACGUGUCCAUGCCAAAGAUAGAGGGAGACCUGAAGGCACCCAAGGUAAACAUUGAAGGGCCAGAUGUUGACAUUGAAGGUCCUGAUGGUGGAUUCAAAAUGCCCAAAAUGAAGAUGCCUUCAUUUGGAUUCAAAGGACCCAAAGUGGAGGGUCCUGAUGUCGAUGUUAAACUCCCCAAAGCUGACAUUGACAUCAAGGCACCAAGUGUUGACAUUAGAGGACCAGAAGUUGAUAUUGAAGGGCCUGACGGCAAAAUCAAAGGUUCAAAAUUCAAGAUGCCAUCCAUCUCAGGGCCAAAGGUCUCAAUGCCAGACAUGGAUUUCAAUAUGAAAGGUCCAAAGGUGAAAGGAGAUGUGGAUGUGUCAGUGCCAAAGAUAGAGGGAGACCUGAAGGCACCCAAGGUAAACAUUGAAGGCCCAGAUGUUGACAUUGAAGGUCCUGAAGGUGGAUUCAAAAUGCCCAAAAUGAAGAUGCCUUCAUUUGGAUUCAAAGGCCCCAAAGUGGAGGGUCCUGAUGUCGAUGUUAAACUCCCCAAAGCUGACAUUGACAUCAAGGCACCAAGUGUUGACAUAAAAAGACCAGAAGUUGACAUUGAAGGGCCUGACGGCAAAAUCAAAGGUUCAAAAUUCAAGAUGCCAUCCAUCUCAGGGCCAAAGGUCUCAAUGCCAGACAUGGAUUUCAAUAUGAAAGGUCCAAAGGUGAAAGGAGAUGUGGAUGUGUCAGUGCCAAAGAUAGAGGGAGACCUGAAGGCACCCAAGGUAAACAUUGAAGGCCCAGAUGUUGACAUUGAAGGUCCUGAAGGUGGAUUCAAAAUGCCCAAAAUGAAGAUGCCUUCAUUUGGAUUCAAAGGACCCAAAGUGGAGGGUCCUGAUGUCGAUGUUAAACUCCCCAAAGCUGACAUUGACAUCAAGGCACCAAGUGUUGACAUAAAAGGACCAGAAGUUGACAUUGAAGGGCCUGACGGCAAAAUCAAAGGUUCAAAAUUCAAGAUGCCAUCCAUCUCAGGGCCAAAGAUCGCAAUGCCAGAGAUGGAUUUCAAUAUGAAAGGUCCAAAGGUUAAAGGAGAUGUGGAUGUGUCAGUGCCAAAGAUAGAAGGAGACCUGAAGGCACCCAAGGUAAACAUUGAAGGCCCAGAUGUUGACAUUGAAGGUCCUGAAGGUGGAUUCAAAAUGCCCAAAAUGAAGAUGCCUUCAUUUGGAUUCAAAGGCCCCAAAGUGGAGGGUCCUGAUGUCGAUGUUAAACUCCCCAAAGCUGACAUUGACAUCAAGGCACCAAGUGUUGACAUAAAAGGACCAGAAGUUGACAUUGAAGGGCCUGACGGCAAAAUCAAAGGUUCAAAAUUCAAGAUGCCAUCCAUCUCAGGGCCAAAGAUCUCAAUGCCAGACAUGGAUUUCAAUAUGAAAGGUCCAAAGGUCAAGGGAGAUGUGGAUGUGUCAGUGCCAAAGAUAGAGGGAGACCUGAAGGCACCCAAGGUAAACAUUGAAGGCCCAGAUGUUGACAUUGAAGGUCCUGAAGGUGGAUUCAAAAUGCCAAAAAUGAAGAUGCCUUCAUUUGGAUUCAAAGGACCCAAAAUGGAGGGUCCUGAUGUGGAUGUUAAACUCCCCAAAGCUGACAUUGACAUCAAGUCACCAAGUGUUGACAUAAAAAGACCAGAAGUUGACAUUGAAGGGCCUGACGGCAAAAUCAAAGGUUCAAAAUUCAAGAUGCCAUCCAUCUCGGGGCCAAAGGUCUCAAUGCCAGACAUGGAUUUCAAUAAGAAAGGACCAAAGGUGAAGGGAGAUGUGGAUAUGUCAGUGCCAAAGAUAGAGGGAGACCUGAAGGCACCCAAGGUAAACAUUGAAGGCCCAGAUGUUGACAUUGAAGGUCCUGAAGGUGGAUUCAAAAUGCCCAAAAUGAAGGUGCCUUCAUUUGGAUUCAAAGGACCCAAAGUGGAGGGUCCUGAUGUCGAUGUUAAACUCCCCAAAGCUGACAUUGACAUCAAGGCACCAACUGUUGACAUAAAGGGACCAGAAGUUGACAUUGAAGGGCCUGACGGCAAAAUCAAAGGUUCAAAAUUCAAGAUGCCAUCCAUAUCAGGGCCAAAGAUCUCAAUGCCAGACGUGGAUUUCAAUCUGAAAGGUCCAAAGGUGAAGGGAGAUAUGGACGUGUCAGUGCCAAAGAUAGAGGGAGACCUGAAGGCACCGAAAGUAAACAUUGAAGGGCCAGAUGUUGACAUUGAAGGUCCUGAAGGUGGAUUCAAAAUGCCCAAAAUGAAGAUGCCUUCAUUUGGAUCCAAAGGCCCCAAAGUGGAGGGUCCUGAUGUCGAUAUUAAACUCCCGAAACCUGACUUUGACAUCAAUGCACCCAGUGUUGACAUUAAAGGACCAGAAGUUGACAAAGAAGGGCCUGACGGCAAAAUCAAAGGUUCAAAAUUCAAGAUGCCAUCCAUAUCAGGACCAAAGAUCUCAAUGCCAGACGUGGAUUUUAAUCUGAAAGGUCCAAAGGUGAAGGGAGAUAUGGACGUGUCAGUACCAAAGAUAGAGGGAGACCUGAAGACACCGAAAGUAAACAUUGAAGGCCCAGAUGUUGAUAUUGAAGGUCCUGAAGGUGGAUUCAAAAUGCCCAAAAUGAAGAUGCCUUCAUUUGGAUUCAAAGGCCCCAAAGUGGAGGGUCCUGAUGUCGAUGUUAAACUCUCCAAAGCUGACUUUGACAUCAAUGCACCCAGUGUUGACAUAAAGGGACCAGAAGUUGACAUUGAAGGACCUGACGGCAAAAUCAAAGGUUCAAAAUUCAAGAUGCCAUCCAUCUCAGGGCCAAAGAUCUCAAUGCCAGAUGUGGAUUUCAAUCUGAAAGGUCCAAAGGUGAAGGGAGAUAUGGAUGUGUCAGUGCCAAAGAUAGAGGGAGACCUGAAGGCACCCAAGGUAAACAUUGAAGGGCCAGAUGUUGACAUUGAAGGUCCUGAAGGAGGAUUCAAAAUGCCCAAAAUGAAGAUGCCUUCAUUUGGAUUCAAAGGACCCAAAAUCCAUGGUCCUGAUGUAGACAUGAACCUCCCCAAAGGUGACUUUGACAUCAAUGCACCCAGUGUUGACAUUAAAGGACCAGAAGUUGAUAUUGAAGGACCUGACGGCAAAAUCAAAGGUUCAAAAUUCAAGAUGCCAUCCAUCUCAGGGCCAAAGAUCUCAAUGCCAGAUGUGGAUUUCAAUCUGAAAGGUCCAAAGGUGAAGGGAGAUAUGGACGUGUCAGUGCCAAAGAUAGAGGGAGACCUGAAGGCACCAAAAGUAAAUAUUGAAGGCCCAGAUGUUGACAUCGAAGGUCCUGAAGGAGGAUUCAAAAUGCCCAAAAUGAAGAUGCCUUCAUUUGGAUUCAAAGGACCCAAAAUCCAUGGUCCUGAUGUAGACAUGAACCUCCCGAAAGGUGACUUUGACAUCAAUGCACCCAGUGUUGACAUUAAAGGACCAGAAGUUGAUAUUGAAGGACCUGACGGCAAAAUCAAAGGUUCAAAAUUCAAGAUGCCAUCCAUCUCAGGGCCAAAGAUCUCAAUGCCAGAUGUGGAUUUCAAUCUGAAAGGUCCAAAGGUGAAGGGAGAUAUGGACGUGUCAGUGCCAAAGAUAGAGGGAGACCUGAAGGCACCAAAAGUAAAUAUUGAAGGCCCAGAUGUUGACAUCGAAGGUCCUGAAGGAGGAUUCAAAAUGCCCAAAAUGAAGAUGCCUUCAUUUGGAUUCAAAGGACCCAAAAUCCAUGGUCCUGAUGUAGACAUGAACCUCCCGAAAGGUGACUUUGACAUCAAUGCACCCAGUGUUGACAUUAAAGGACCAGAAGUUGAUAUUGAAGGACCUGACGGCAAAAUCAAAGGUUCAAAAUUCAAGAUGCCAUCCAUCUCAGGGCCAAAGAUCUCAAUGCCAGACGUGGAUUUCAAUCUGAAAGGUCCAAAGGUGAAGGGAGAUAUGGACGUGUCAGUGCCAAAGAUAGAGGGAGACCUGAAGGCACCGAAAGUAAACAUUGAAGGCCCAGAUGUUGACAUCGAAGGUCCUGAAGGAGGAUUCAAAAUGCCCAAAAUGAAGAUGCCUUCAUUUGGAUUCAAAGGACCCAAAAUCCAUGGUCCUGAUGUAGACAUGAACCUCCCCAAAGGUGACUUUGACAUCAAUGCACCCAGUGUUGACAUUAAAGGACCAGAACUUGAUAUUGAAGGACCUGACGGCAAAAUCAAAGGCCCCAAAUUCAAGAUGCCAUCCAUCUCAGGGCCAAAGAUCUCAAUGCCAGACGUGGAUUUCAAUCUGAAAGGUCCAAAGGUGAAGGGAGAUAUGGACGUGUCAGUGCCAAAGAUAGAGGGAGACCUGAAGGCACCGAAAGUAAACAUUGAAGGCCCAGAUGUUGACAUCGAAGGUCCUGAAGGAGGAUUCAAAAUGCCCAAAAUGAAGAUGCCUUCAUUUGGAUUCAAAGGACCCAAAAUCCAUGGUCCUGAUGUAGACAUGAACCUCCCCAAAGGUGACUUUGACAUCAAUGCACCCAGUGUUGACAUUAAAGGACCAGAACUUGAUAUUGAAGGACCCGACGGCAAAAUCAAAGGUUCAAAAUUCAAGAUGCCAUCCAUCUCAGGGCCAAAGAUCUCAAUGCCAGACGUGGAUUUCAAUCUGAAAGGUCCAAAGGUCAAGGGAGAUAUGGCCGUGUCAGUGCCAAAGAUAGAGGGAGACCUGAAGGCACCGAAAGUAAACAUUGAAGGCCCAGAUGUUGACAUCGAAGGUCCUGAAGGAGGAUUCAAAAUGCCCAAAAUGAAGAUGCCUUCAUUUGGAUUCAAAGGACCCAAAAUCCAUGGUCCUGAUGUAGACAUGAACCUCCCCAAAGGUGACUUUGACAUCAAUGCACCCAGUGUUGACAUUAAAGGACCAGAACUUGAUAUUGAAGGACCUGACGGCAAAAUCAAAGGCCCCAAAUUCAAGAUGCCAUCCAUCUCAGGGCCAAAGAUCUCAAUGCCAGACGUGGAUUUCAAUCUGAAAGGUCCAAAGGUGAAGGGAGAUAUGGACGUGUCAGUGCCAAAGAUAGAGGGAGACCUGAAGGCACCGAAAGUAAACAUUGAAGGCCCGGAUAUUGACAUUGACGGUCCUGAAGGUGGAUUCAAAAUGCCAAAAAUGAAGAUGCCUUCAUUUGGAUUCAAAGGACCCAAAAUCCAUGGUCCUGAUGUAGACAUGAACCUCCCGAAAGGUGACUUUGACAUCAAUGCACCCAGUGUUGACAUUAAAGGACCAGAACUUGAUAUUGAAGGACCUGACGGCAAAAUCAAAGGCCCUAAAUUCAAGAUGCCAUCAAUCUCAGGUCCAAAUAUUUCAAUGCCUGAUGUGGAUUUCAAUCUAAAAGGUCCAAAGGUGAAGGGAGAUAUGGAUGUGUCAGUGCCAAAGAUAGAGGGAGACUUGAAGGCACCAAAAGUAAACAUUGAAGGCCCAGAUGUUGACAUUGAAGGUCUUGAAGGAGGAUUCAAAAUGCCCAAAAUGAAGAUGCCUUCAUUUGGAUUCAAAGGACCCAAAAUCCAUGGUCCUGAUGUAGACAUGAACCUCCCCAAAGGUGACUUUGACAUCAAUGCACCCAGUGUUGACAUUAAAGGACCAGAAAUUGAUAUUGAAGGACCUGACGGCAAAAUCAAAGGCCCCAAAUUCAAGAUGCCAUCCAUCUCAGGGCCAAAGAUCUCAAUGCCAGACGUGGAUUUCAAUCUGAAAGGUCCAAAGGUGAAGGGAGAUAUGGACGUGUCAGUGCCAAAGAUAGAGGGAGACCUGAAGGCACCGAAAGUAAACAUUGAAGGCCCGGAUAUUGACAUUGACGGUCCUGAAGGUGGAUUCAAAAUGCCAAAAAUGAAGAUGCCUUCAUUUGGAUUCAAAGGACCCAAAAUCCAUGGUCCUGAUGUAGACAUGAACCUCCCGAAAGGUGACUUUGACAUCAAUGCACCCAGUGUUGACAUUAAAGGACCAGAACUUGAUAUUGAAGGACCUGACGGCAAAAUCAAAGGCCCCAAAUUCAAGAUGCCAUCAAUCUCAGGGCCAAAGAUCUCAAUGCCAGAUCUUGAUUUCAAUCUGAAAGGUCCAAAGGUGAAAGGAGAUAUGGAUGUGUCAGUGCCAAAGAUAGAGGGAGACCUGAAGGCACCGAAAGUAAACAUUGAAGGCCCAGAUGUUGACAUUGAAGGUCCUGAAGGUGGAUUCAAAAUGCCAAAAAUAAACAUGCCUUCAUUUGGAUUCAAAGGACCGAAAUUGGAGGGUCCUGAUGUCGAUGUUAAACUCACAAAAGCUGAUAUUGACAUCAAGGCACCAAAUGUUGAUAUAGAAGGUCCAGACGUUGACAUUGAAGGACCUGAUGGCAAAAUCAAAGGUCCAAAAUUCAAGAUGCCAUCCAUUUCAGGGCCAAAGAUCUCAAUCCCAGACAUGGAUUUCAAUCUGAAAGGUCCAAAGGUGAAGGGAAAUGUGGAUGUGUCAGUGCCAAAGAUAGAGGGAGACCUGAAGGCACCAAAAGUAAACAUUGAAGGAACAGACAUUGGCAUUGAAGUACCAGAAGGACACCUUAAAGGACCCACAUUUAAAAUGCCAUCAAUCUCAGGACCAAAGUUGUCAAUGCCUGAUGUGGAUUUCAAUCUUAAAGGGCCAAAGAUGAAAGGAGAAAUACAUGGUGAUGUCAGUGGUCCUAAAGCUGAAAUUCAUGCUGGUGACAUGUCCCUUGACAGCCCUGAAAUCGGAACAAAAAAAUCAAAGUUUAAAAUGCCCAAAUUUGGAUUCAAAGGUAGCAAAGGGAAGGGCCUUGAUAUUGAUGUAAAUGUUCCAAAACCAGAUAUCAAUAUUAAAGGUCCAAAAGUAAAGGGUGACAUAGACGUCUCAAUCCCAACAGGCGAGGCCGACUUAAAAUCACCGACUGGCUCAAUAGAUGCUGAUGUGAAGGGUGCUGAAGGAGGAUUCAGAAUGCCAAAAUUCAAAAUGCCCAAAUUUGGCUUCAAAAGCCCUAAAAUAGAAAAGCCGGACAUUGAUGUAAAUCUUCCAGAUGUUGACAUGAAAAUCCCGGAUCUGGAUAUUGAAGGACCAGAAGGCAAGGUCAAAGGGACAAAAUUCAAGAUGCCAUCCAUCUCAGGGCCAAACAUCUCAAUGCCAGAUGUGGAUUUCAAUCUGAAAGGUCCAAAGGUGAAGGGAGAUAUGGACGUGUCAGUGCCUAAGAUGGAGGGAGACCUGAAGGCACCAAAAGUAAACAUUGAAGGACCAGAUGUUGACAUUGAAGGUCCUGAAGGUGGAUUCAAAAUGCCAAAGAUAAAGAUGCCUUCAUUUGGAUUCAAAGGACCCACAAUGGAGGGUCCUGAUAUUGAUGUUAAACUCCCCAAAGCUGACAUAGACAUCAAGGCACCAAGUGUUGACAUAAAAGGACCACAACUUGACAUUGAAGGACCUGAUGGCAAAAUCAAAGGUCCAAAAUUCAAGAUGCCAUCCAUCUCAGGGCCAAACAUCUCAAUGCCAGACGUGGAUUUCAAUCUGAAAGGUCCAAAGGUGAAGGGAGAUAUGGACGUGUCAGUGCCAAAGAUAGAGGGAGACCUGAAGGCACCGAAAGUAAACAUUGAAGGCCCGGAUAUUGACAUUGACGGUCCAGAAGGUGGAUUCAAAAUGCCAAAAAUGAAGAUGCCUUCAUUUGGAUUCAAAGGACCUAAAAUCCAUGGUCCUGAUGUAGACAUGAACCUCCCCAAAGGUGACUUUGACAUCAAUGCACCCAGUGUUGACAUUAAAGGACCAGAACUUGAUAUUGAAGGACCUGACGGUAAAAUUAAAGGUUCAAAAUUCAAGAUGCCAUCCAUUUCAGGGCCAAAGAUCUCAAUGCCAGACGUGGAUUUCAAUCUGAAAGGUCCAAAGUUGAAGGGAGAUAUGGACUUGUCAGUGCCAAAGAUAGAGGGAGACCUCAAGGCACCGAAAGUAAACAUUGAAGGCCCGGAUAUUGACAUUGACGGUCCAGAAGGUGGAUUCAAAAUGCCAAAAAUGAAGAUGCCUUCAUUUGGAUUCAAAGGACCUAAAAUCCAUGGUCCAGAUGUAGACAUGAACCUCCCCAAAGGUGACAUUGACAUCAAUGCACCCAGUGUUGACAUUGAAGGACCAGAACUUGAUAUUGAAGGACCUGACGGCAAAAUCAAAGUCCCCAAAUUCAAGAUGCCAUCCAUUUCAGGGUCAAAUAUCUCAAUGCCAGACGUGGAUUUCAAUUUGAAAGGUCCGAAGGUGAAGGGAGAUAUGGACGUGUCAGUGCCAAAGAUAGAGGGAGACCUGAAGACACCGAAAGUAAACAUUGAAGGCCCAGAUGUUGAUAUUGAAGGUCCUGAAGGUGGAUUCAAAAUGCCCAAAAUGAAGAUGCCUUCAUUUGGAUUCAAAGGCCCCAAAAUCCAUGGUCCUGAUGUAGACAUGAACCUCCCCAAAGGUGACUUUGACAUCAAUGCACCCAGUGUUGACAUAAAAGGACCAGAACUUGAUAUUGAAGGACCUGACGGUAAAAUCAAAGGUUCAAAAUUCAAGAUGCCAUCCAUUUCAGGGCCAAAGAUCUCAAUGCCAGACCUAGAUUUCAAUCUGAAAGGUCCAAAGGUGAAGGGAGAUAUGGACGUGUCAGUGCCAAAGAUAGAGGGAGACCUGAAGGCACCGAAAGUAAACAUUGAAGGCCCGGAUAUUGACAUUGAUGGUCCUGAAGGUGGAUUCAAAAUGCCCAAAAUGAAGAUGCCUUCAUUUGGAUUCAAAGGACCUAAAAUCCAUGGUCCUGAUGUAGACAUGAACCUCCCCAAAGGUGACUUUGACAUCAAUGCACCCAGUGUUGACAUAAAAGGACCAGAACUUGAUAUUGAAGGACCUGACGGUAAAAUCAAAGGUUCAAAAUUCAAGAUGCCAUCCAUUUCAGGGCCAAAGAUCUCAAUGCCAGACGUAGAUUUCAAUCUGAAAGGUCCAAAGGUGAAGGGAGAUAUGGACGUGUCAGUGCCAAAGAUAGAGGGAGACCUGAAGGCACCGAAAGUAAACAUUGAAGGCCCGGAUAUUGACAUUGAUGGUCCUGAAGGUGGAUUCAAAAUGCCCAAAAUGAAGAUGCCUUCAUUUGGAUUCAAAGGACCUAAAAUCCAUGGUCCUGAUGUAGACAUGAACCGCCCCAAAGGUGACUUUGACAUCAAUGCACCCAGUGUUGACAUUAAAGGACCAGAACUUGAUAUUGAAGGACCUGAUGGUAAAAUCAAAGGUUCAAAAUUCAAGAUGCCAUCCAUCUCAGGGCCAAAGAUCUCAAUGCCAGAUGUGGAUUUCAAUCUGAAAGGUCCAAAGAUGAAGGGAGAUAUGGACGUGUCAGUGCCAAAGAUAGAGGGAGACCUGAAGGCACCGAAAGUAAACAUUGAAGGCCCGGAUAUUGACAUUGAUGGUGCUGAAGGUGGAUUCAAAAUGCCAAAAAUGAAGAUGCCUUCAUUUGGAUUCAAAGGACCUAAAAUCCAUGGUCCUGAUGUAGACAUGAACCUCCCGAAGGGUGACUUUGACAUCAAUGCACCCAGUGUUGACAUAAAAGGACCAGAACUUGAUAUUGAAGGACCUGACGGCAAAAUAAAAGGUUCAAAAUUCAAGAUGCCAUCCAUCUCGGGGCCAAAGAUCUCAAUGCCGGACGUGGAUUUCAAUCUGAAAGGUCCAAAGGUGAAGGGAGAUAUGGACGUGUCAGUGCCAAAGAUAGAGGGAGACCUGAAGGCACCGAAAGUAAACAUUGAAGGCCCGGAUAUUGACAUUGACGGUCCAGAAGGUGGAUUCAAAAUGCCAAAAAUGAAGAUGCCUUCAUUUGGAUUCAAAGGACCUAAAAUCCAUGGUCCUGAUGUAGACAUGAACCUCCCAAAAGGUGACUUUGACAUCAAUGCACCCAGUGUUGACAUAAAAGGACCUGAACUUGAUAUUGAAGGACCUGACGGCAAAAUCAAAGGCCCCAAAUUCAAGAUGCCAUCCAUCUCAGGGCCAAAGAUCUCAAUGCCAGACGUGGAUUUCAACCUGAAAGGUCCAAAAGUGAAGGAAGAUGUGGAUAUGUCUGUGCCAAUGAUAGAGGGAGACUUGAAGGCACCAAAAGUAAACAUUGAAGGCCAGGAUAUUGACAUAGACGGUCCUGAAGGUGGAUUCAAAAUGCCAAAAAUGAAGAUGCCUUCAUUUGGAUUUAAAGGACCUAAAAUCCAUGGUCCUGAUGUAGACAUGAACCUCCCCAAAGGUGACUUUGACCUCAAUGCACCCAGUGUUGACAUAAAAGGACCAGAAGUUGAUAUUGAAGGACCUGACGGCAAAAUCAAAGGCCCCAAAUUCAAGAUGCCAUCCAUCUCAGGGCCAAAGAUCUCAAUGCCAGACGUGGAUUUCAAUCUGAAAGGUCCAAAGGUGAAGGGAGAUAUGGACGUGUCAGUGCCAAAGAUAGAGGGAGACCUGAAGGCACCGAAAGUAAACAUUGAAGGCCCGGAUAUUGACAUUGACGGUCCAGAAGGUGGAUUCAAAAUGCCAAAAAUGAAGAUGCCUUCAUUUGGAUUCAAAGGACCUAUAAUCCAUGGUCCUGAUGUAGACAUGAACCUCCCAAAAGGUGACUUUGACAUCAAUGCACCCAGUGUUGACAUAAAAGGACCUGAACUUGAUAUUGAAGGACCUGACGGCAAAAUCAAAGGCCCCAAAUUCAAGAUGCCAUCCAUCUCAGGGCCAAAGAUCUCAAUGCCAGACGUGGAUUUCAACCUGAAAUAUCCAAAAGUGAAGGGAGAUGUGGAUAUGUCUGUGCCAAAGAUAGAGGGAGACUUGAAUGCACCAAAAGUAAACAUUGAAGGCCCGGAUAUUGACAUAGACGGUCCUGAAGGUGGAUUCAAAAUGCCAAAAAUGAAGAUGCCUUCAUUUGGAUUUAAAGGACCUAAAAUCCAUGGUCCUGAUGUAGACAUGAACCUCCCCAAAGGUGACUUUGACAUCAAUGCACCCAGUGUUGACAUAAAAGGACCAGAACUUGAUAUUGAAGGACCUGACGGCAAAAUCAAAGGCCCCAAAUUCAAGAUGCCAUCCAUCUCAGGGCCAAAGAUCUCAAUGCCAGACGUGGAUUUCAACCUGAAAGGUCCAAAGGUGAAGGGAGAUGUGGAUAUGUCUGUGCCAAAGAUAGAGGGAGACUUGAGGGCACCGAAAGUAAACAUUGAAGGCCCAGAUAUUGACAUUGAAGGUCCAGAAGGUGGAUUCAAAAUGCCAAAAAUGAAGAUGCCUUCAUUUGGAUUCAAAGCACCCAAAAUCCAUGGUCCUGAUGUAGACAUGAACCUCCCCAAAGGUGACUUUGACAUCAAUGCACCCAGUGUUGACAUUAAAGGACCAGAACUUGAUAUUGAAGGACCUGACGGCAAAAUCAAAGGCCCUAAAUUCAAGAUGCCAUCAAUCUCAGGUCCAAAUAUUUCAAUGCCUGAUGUGGAUUUCAAUCUAAAAGGUCCAAAGGUGAAGGGAGAUAUGGAUGUGUCAGUGCCAAAGAUAGAGGGAGACUUGAAGGCACCAAAAGUAAACAUUGAAGGCCCAGAUGUUGACAUUGAAGGUCCUGAAGGUGGAUUCAAAAUGCCCAAAAUGAAGAUGCCUUCAUUUGGAUUUAAAGGACCUAAAAUCCAUGGUCCUGAUGUAGACAUGAACCUCCCCAAAGGUGACUUUGACAUCAAUGCACCCAGUGUUGACAUAAAAGGACCAGAACUUGAUAUUGAAGGACCUGACGGCAAAAUCAAAGGCCCCAAAUUCAAGAUGCCAUCGAUCUCAGGGCCAAAGAUCUCAAUGCCAGACGUGGAUUUCAACCUGAAAGGUCCAAAGGUGAAGGGAGAUGUGGAUAUGUCUGUGCCAAAGAUAGAGGGAGACUUGAGGGCACCGAAAGUAAACAUUGAGGGCCCAGAUGUUGACAUUGAAGGUCCUGAAGGUGGAUUCAAAAUGCCAAAAAUGAAGAUGCCUUCAUUUGGAUUUAAAGGACCUAAAAUCCAUGGUCCUGAUGUAGACAUGAACCUACCCAAAGGUGACUUUGACAUCAAUGCACCCAGUGUUGACAUAAAAGGACCAGAAGUUGAUAUUGAAGGACCUGACGGCAAAAUCAAAGGCCCCAAGUUCAAGAUGCCAUCCAUCUCAGGGCCAAAGAUCUCAAUGCCAGACGUGGAUUUCAACCUGAAAGGUCCAAAGGUGAAGGGAGAUGUGGAUAUGUCAGUGCCAAAGAUAGAGGGAGACUUGAAGGCACCAAAAGUAAACAUUGAAAGCCCAGAUGUUGACAUUGAAGGUCCUGAAGGUGGAUUUAAAAUGCCAAAAAUGAAGAUGCCUUCAUUUGGAUUUAAAGGACCUAAAAUCCAUGGUCCUGAUGUAGACAUGAACCUACCCAAAGGUGACUUUGACAUCAAUGCACCCAGUGUUGACAUAAAAGGACCAGAACUUGAUAUUGAAGGACCUGACGGCAAAAUCAAAGGCCCCAAGUUCAAGAUGCCAUCCAUCUCAGGGCCAAAGAUCUCAAUGCCAGACGUGGAUUUCAACCUGAAAGGUCCAAAGGUGAAGGGAGAUGUGGAUAUGUCAGUGCCAAAGAUAGAGGGAGACUUGAAGGCACCAAAAGUAAACAUUGAAGGCCCAGAUGUUGACAUUGAAGGUCCUGAAGGUGGAUUCAAAAUGCCAAAAAUGAAGAUGCCUUCAUUUGGAUUUAAAGGACCUAAAAUCCAUGGUCCUGAUGUAGACAUGAACCUACCCAAAGGUGACUUUGACAUCAAUGCACCCAGUGUUGACAUAAAAGGACCAGAACUUGAUAUUGAAGGACCUGACGGCAAAAUCAAAGGCCCCAAGUUCAAGAUGCCAUCAAUCUCAGGUCCGAAUAUUUCAAUGCCUGAUGUGGAUUUCAAUUUGAAAGGUCCAAAGGUGAAGGGAAAUAUGGACGUGUCAGUGCCAAAGAUAGAGGGCGACCUAAAGGCACCAAAAGUAAACAUUGAAGGCCCAGAUAUUGACAUUGAAGGUUCUGAAGGUGGAUUCAAAAUGCCAAAAAUGAAGAUGCCUUCAUUUGGAUUCAAAGGACCUCAAAUCCAUGGUCCUGAUGUAGACAUGAACCUCCCAAAAGGUGACUUUGACAUCAAUGCACCUAGCAUUGAUUUGAAAGGACCUGAACUUGAUAUUGAAGGUCCAGAAGGUAAAAUGAAAGGUCCACAGUUCAAAAUGCCAUCAAUCUCAGGUCCAAAUAUUUCAAUGCCUGAUGUGGAUUUCAGUCUUAAAGGACCAAAGAUGAAAGCAGAGGUUGACCUGCCCAAAGUUCAAGGAGACAUUAAAAUCCCUGCAGUAGAGGGGUCAGAUGCUGAUUUUGAAGGUGGAUUCAAGAUGCCAAAGAUUAAAAUCCCUACAUUCGGAUUCAGAGGACCCAAAAUCGAUGGUUCUGAUGGGGAUAUUCAUCUUCCUACAUCUGGCAUUGAUGUCUGUUCCCCCAGUGUUGACAUUAAAGGACCAGAAAUUGAUGCUGGAGGUCUAGAUGGGAAAAUGAAAAGCCAGAAAGUAAAAAUUCCAUCAAUAGAUACUAGUCUUGAAGCCCCCGAUGUUGACAUCAGUGUCAAAGGGAAGAAGGGCAAGUUUAAACUACCUAAAAUGAAAGGGAAGGUUAGGAAACCUGAUAUUGAUGUUGAAACACCCCAUGUUGAUAUGGAUGUAGAGUCACCUGAAAUCAAACUGAAAGGAACAAAGGUAAAAAAGCCAUUUUUUGGAAGGCUCCAUUUUCCUGAUGUUGAAUUUGAUAUAAAAUCUCCAAAAGUAAAAAAUGAAAGUUCACUGGCUGUAGGAUUGAAAUCAUCUGACUUGGACUUGCCAUCUGCCAGCCUAAAAUCAAAUGUCAAGGACUUGGAUCUGAAUUUAGAAGGCCCAGAUGUAAAAUUAUCGACACCCAAAAUCAAAAUGCCAAAAGUGAACACAACAAUUCCGGAUACUGACAUCAAUUUAAAUGGACAAGGAGAUGCAUCUUUUUCAGGGGGUUUUAAAGGACCAAAACUAGACUUUAAGGGAGAAGCAGAGUUGGAUUCAGCUGGGGGAAUACAUUACCCAGAGGGGAAUGUAACAUUUCCAAAACUUAAGGUACCAAAGUUUGGCAUUGCUUUGCCUCAGUUGGAGGGACGAGAGGUGGGAGUAGACGUUGAGUCUGGUGCAUCAGCAAGUGAAAAUAUAACAGUUCAAGCCCCCACUUUCAGUGGAAAAGUUACGUCUCAGAGUGUAGAGGUCCAGAGUCCAGAAUUGAAGCACAGUGGUGGGAAGGUUAAGGGGAAAAUGCCAAAGUUCUUUGGAAAAUAUAAAUCAAAGGGUGGCAGUGCAGUUGAUUUAAGCCUCCAGGGGCCUGAGCUGGAAAUGAGUGGCAGUGGAAAGGGUGGUAAAGUCUCUAAAGAGUUAAGUUUAAGUUCUGGGGAAUUGUUAAGUAGGAAGUUGGAAGCAGAAGGUGGUUCCGGGCUUAGUGUGUCACCAAAGAGCAAAUCUGCCUCACUGGAUCUGUUUAAAAAAUCAAGGCAUCGCUCUACUUCUCUGAGUGAUGAGGGAGAUCUUGGUUCUUCUUCUCCUUCGGGUCACUUAGAGGCAGAGGGUGGUGACAUUUCGUUGGAUCUGGGUGGGGCUAAGGUGAAAGGAAAGAAAGGCAAGUUAAAGUUUGGGACCUUUGGAGGUUUUGGCUCCAAGUCAAAAGGCUCAUAUGAAGUGUCACUAGGUGAAGAUAGUGAAGCAAGAGUAGAGGGAAGUGCAGGUGUUUCUCUCCCCUCAAAGAAAUCUAGAAUGUCUUCAUCCUCCAGUAGCGACAGUGGGUCAAGAGGAGGUUUUCGUUUUCCGAAGGUUGAACUGACCGUGUCACCUAAGAAAUAAUCAAUUAUAAGGCUAUAAAAUUAAACCUUCUCAUGUUAUGCCUAAUACUCUGUUUCAUACAUAGAAAAUUCACAUCUGCUCUAGUAUUACAAAACUUGACAGAAAGCUCACAAUCAUCUCAAUCAAUAUAGAGCAAAAAUUUCCCCUCAACUUUCCCCAAAUCUCACAGGGAUGCAUGAGACCGUUUUGAAUAACAUUUAACUGUAAAUAAGAUAAAUUUGUAUUGUAAUAUUAAAUAUUGUAUUUUGUACAUAGUCAAAAUUUAUUGAACAUAAACCAUCUUACAAAAUCUCUACAAAAACCACCAAUAGUGCCUCACAUGAUUAGUCCAAGUGUCUUACUGAAUUCUGUUAAAUGGAUUAGGUGUGGUAUUUUUGUAUCCCGGGUUCUUUGCACAGAAAUGAUAUGGUAUCAGUUGUAAUGUAUAUUACUUUGAUUGUGUAACCAAACAGCAAAAACAGCUGCUUUUGUUUUGAAGCUUUGAAUAUAUAAUCAAUGCAGACAUAUUUACUCACCUCAGAGCUGGACCUUGACAUUCUACCUAAAGUUAAGCCGUUAGAGAUCAUAAUAGUAAAGUAAUUUCAUACUUCUGUAAACUAUAAAUUGUAUUUACUGCUGUCAAAACAAAGUCAUAUAAUGUAUGGAUAAUCAAUACACCAAUGUUAUUUUUUGCAAUAUGUCUCAUUUAACACAAAACUAAUAUACUGUACUUUCACUGUAGAAAUUAAAUUGAGCUCAAAAGUCAAAUUGAGAUUUACUCAAACAUUGCAAUCUACAGAACAAUUCCUGUUUCAGAACUGCUAAGAUGAGGUUGAUCUGAACAAUGCAUCACUUUGUCAUACUGUGUUAAUGUUGUGUGGUUGUUUUCUUAUCUGUAUUUGACCACAUGGAUGGUUCUGUUCUUUCAUUCUCAGUCUCUUCAAUUCACACUUCUGUUAAUAAAACUUUUUUGUGUAUUUCCUGUUUGAUUAAAGGAAUUGUCACAAGUCAAAAGUCACACAUUGCUCAAAUCACUUGUAUAGAGAAUGAAACUAUCUGCAGUGUUUAUACUAGAAACAAACUGCCAAACUGCAAAUUGUCUUUCAUUUAAUUGAUAGACAUUGAGAUGAAUUAUAUGAGUGUUUUGUUUUAUGUAUGCAUUUUGCAAAACAAAUCCAAUAAACUAAUGAGUCACCAGUC